AUGUCGAAUAUAGACUACCUCGACGUGGGUGGUGAGUCUGAUUAUGAUCCACGGAGGAGUAGCAGCUUUUCUUCCAGCGGGUCUUCAGCAGAGUACAUUCCUCCUUCCGUUGGCCGUAACACACCUGUCACAGCUCCUCGUUAUAACGGUGGUGGUAAAAGCAAGAGCAAGAGUAAUGCGAGCUCCUUUAUCACCAAGCUCUAUAGCCUAGUUAAUGAUACACGCCAUCAAGAUUUGAUAUCUUGGAACCCAACUGGUACAUCCUUUCUUAUUUGCAACGUCAAGAGAUUCGCACAGCAAGUGCUUCCUGAGUACUUCAAGCAUGGUAAUUUUUCCAGCUUUGUACGCCUACUCAAUAUGUAUGGGUUUCACAAAAUCAACAAAUCACCACGAGGACAACGAGGCAAUGAAAAUGAAAUUUGGGAGUUCUCCCAUCCUCAAUUUCAACAACAAAGACCAGACCUCUUGAAGGAGAUCCGACGCAAGGCAAUGGAUUCAGAAGUCUUAAGACGUGAAACCGGUGACAUGCACAUGUUUUUUUCAAUGUUGCAAGUAUCUCAAGCUGAUUUGCAAAGGCAAUUCCAAGCACUACAGACCAGCUUUUCCAAUUUACUACAAGGGUUUGAGGAAACACGUAAAAUGCAAAUGCAACAACAAUUCUUGCUCAAGCAGCUAGCCGAUCGUCAAGGCGUGCCCGUGGAUGAUCUUGUCCCUGGCAUGUCAACCACCAAUGCCACAACACCUGAUGUUUUUAUUACUGCCCCUGUUGCCCCUUCUAAUUCUGGAUCCUCACAACAGCUACAAACUGGAUACAACAAUAACAACGCUCAACCGAGCAAAGAUGACUUGUGGAACGAGCCCGAUCAUUGGGAACAGCAACAACACUCUUAUGGCCAAUCUCCUACCCACAACGCCAGCACAUCUCCCGACAUGAUCCUUUCUAUGGCUGCCAACACCCCUUUGCCACCUAGCCCAGCACCCAAUGUGGAUCCAAACAACCUCAUGUUCGGCUCUUCACCAUCGCCAAUGAUGUCAUAA